UUGAUACUCUACCAACUGCGGCAGGACCUUAUAAUAUAAUAUAUAAUUUAUUAUUUAUGUGGUAUUGUGGUAUUAAUUGUAUUAUAUGCAUCGUGAUUACGGGUACGGACUACCGAGAUUAACUAAUUAUUUCAAUAAAUUUUGACAACAUAGUCUAAUUUUCAAUUAAUAUUUGUUAUUUGUUAAUGUUGUGACAAACUCCACUCGUUCGUUUGUACUAUUAAGCUACACAACAAGCUUACCAUUAUAAAUUCAAAAAAGUAAAUAAAUUAAACCAUUAUUUUAAAACUGUUUGAAACAAAGUAUGGCAAUGCCAAAAUCAAUAAUUGAUACAACUGUUGCGGGUAAAGAAAAUUCUAAUGAACAGACCCUUUUAGUGAAAUUAUUCAAGAUGCUAUUUAAUCUGCCACCAACCAAGUUAUCUACUGAAGCUGUGAUUGAUAUAAUUAAUGAUACUCAAGAACAAGUUAUUAAAAAAGGCACGAUUGAUCCUGAAUCUCAAAAAUCUUUAACCAGCUUUUAUGAAUCAGCUGAUCUGGAAACUGUAAGAGAAGAAGAAACAAUUAGAAGAAUGUUAGAUAUAAUACAUGAAAUACGAAACAUACGUCAUCAAAAUAUCAAAUCACUUCUGCAGUCUCAAAGAAGUUCGACAUUUCUUAAAUUAUUACAAGUAACAGCUACACGGAUGCCAGUGUGGUUUCCAAGACAUGAUGAACAACCACCUCCAUUGUGUGGUGCUAUUGAACCACUACCUUCAUAUGUUGCAAAAAGUGGGGAUUUGGUGGCAGCACUUGUUAAACAAUCUGGAGAAGAGCGAUGGAUUGUGGCAGAAGCAGUCGCAUUUAAAAAUGGAAGAUAUGAAGUGGAAGAUAUUGACGUGAAAGAAACUAAUCGUAAUUUUACAUUAGAAAAAAUAUAUGUGAAGCCAUUACCACUAAUGAGAGCUGAUCCAGUCACUUGUCCAGACGCACUUUUUCCAUGCAAUCAAUUUGUUUUAGCAAUGUAUCCUCAGACUACUUGUUUCUUCAAAGCUCUAGUGAAAGCUCCUCCUAAAACAAGUUAUGAUGGAUAUGAAGUUUUAUUUGAAGAUGAUUUCAAUCAAUAUACCAUAAUGAUGGUUGUAUCCCAAAGAUUUGUUGUUUCGUAUCCACCAUUAGAAAUUAUUCAUAAAGACGAAGAAAUGAUAGAAUUUUAAUUUUAUAUAACACUACUCAUUAGUUUAUAAAUUUAACUAUUUAAGAUGUAUUUUAGUGUUUUGUAUGGAUUUUUUAUUAAU